GUUGGUGGUGAAUGGGGUAAGAUUGUUAAUGAUAUAUUUAAUCACAAGUGUUUGGGUGUCUAUUUUGCUGACUUGUUAAUUUCAGUUGUCAGACCACAUCCUUUCAGCUCUCUAUAUAAAGCUGAGCGUCACAGUUUCAGUGCAUACAGCAUCUAUGAGAGACGAAAUGCAAAAUGUUCUGCCUGAGUAAUUUCAGUGUUUUAAUUCCAUGCAUGCUCCUCUUGAUCAUCCAGCCAGGUCAUGGGUCCAAAAUUAUUGAAGGGAAAGAAGUCAAGCCACACUCGUUGCCUUUCAUGGCCCAUGUGGAAAGCAAAAAAUCUUUCUGUGGAGGGACGUUAAUCCAUCCACAAUGGGUCCUGACAGCUGCCCACUGCACCAAUAUGAGUAAGGUGACCCUGGGAGCACACUCAAUCAGGAAAAAAGAAAAAGAUUCUAAGCAGGUCCAAACGGUUGAUAAACGUUUUCCUCAUCCUAACUAUUACAAGGCAAUCAAGGGCAAUGACCUCAUGUUGCUCAAGUUGAAGAAACCAGUAAAGCAAACCAAGACAGUAAAAUGUCUCAAGUUAGCCAAAACUGUCAAGGACCCUCCAGCUGGAAGCAAGUGUCUGGUUGCUGGAUGGGGAAAAACUGAAAACAAGAAAACAUCAGAUGUUCUCCUGUCUGUCAAUGUGACUGUGGUUGGUAGACGGACAUGCAACUCUCGUGAUUAUUACAACCACAACCCAGUUAUCACCAGUGACAUGAUAUGUGCUGGUUCAAAUGGUAAAAGAAAGGCUGAUACCUGUCAAGGGGAUUCAGGAGGACCACUCGUGUGCAAUGGAGUGCUGGUUGGAGUCACUUCUUUCGGAGAAGGUUGUGGUGUCAUUAAAAAACCUGGAGUCUACUCGUUUCUCUCAGAGAAACAACUCAAGUGGAUCAAAAAAACAAUGCAAUCUUUAGAAAUCUUAUGAACCCACAGGUGUCAAUCCAUACAAGCUGAGCAAGAAGCAAAUCUUUUCUUUGAUAAUAAAUGUCCAUGCCUUUAAUGUAGACUGCUUACAUGACCAUUAGCCAUUUUAUCAUUUCAUAUUCAUAUUAUUUUCUGAUAUUUCAGUUUCUGUUAGCUUGAUGAAUUUUUUUGAGCAUGCUCUUUUUUGUUGAUUUUUCAUUCCAUCUAUCCCUGCUUAAAACCCCUCAUAGGAUAUUUUUUAUAAACAUUCUACUCUAUAAUAAAUCUUUCAUUGUUUGUAACUCUUUCCAAGUGUCAUUUUGUUUUUACUCUGACACCUUCUACCAUCAAAGCUUGAUAUUUCAGUCCUUUGGUUUUAGUGUUCAAAUUAAAUAACUAUAAUGACUAAGAAAAGACAAAUAAGACAAUUAAUGUAAUGUCAACACAGAGAAUAUUAACUUGCAAAACAUAGAAAGAAAAAAAUGUGAUUAAGCUCUCACUCAGAGCAGACCACAACAGACAAAUGCUAAGUCUCUAUGUAGAGACUUAGACUAUGACUUACUCAGUGUGCACAUUUUCAGAGGAC